ACGUGUCUUCUUCCCAUAUGUUCAUUUUCGAAAUUUCGCGAUCAUGGAUGGGUGACUUUGUGUCUAGAUAGAUACACAGCCUGUCCAUUUGUGAAGUGUCUCAGAGAGAUGACUGUGAAUUUAAUGGUGAUCACCGAAUCCAAGACGUCGGAGAUAGAAUUUUCGAGAUGCGAAUGUUGCCGUAUGCAGGAGGAAUACACGGCGGCGUAUAUAGAGAGCGUACGGUGUCUAUACGCCGGAAAGUUUAUCUGUGGUCUCUGUUCCGAAGCUGUGAAGUACGAGAUUUUCCGUUGGGGGAAAAAGAAGAGACGAAUCAGCGUCGACGAGGCUAUAGCGAUUCAUAUGAAGUUCUGCGGCGAGUUUAUUGCUUCUCCCUCUCCGACGGUUGAUUUCAUAUCGGUUGUCGGAGAGAUUUUCAGGAGAAGAUUAAUUCUGAAUUUGCCAAGUGUCGUGACGUCAGCAGAGCUGUUGCCUCCGACUGUUGACGGUGGAGAGGUUUGUGCUACGGCGGUGAUUGGUGGGGCUGGGACUGGGAGCUGUUUACCUGCUUUGUCCGGAGCCCUCGAUUCGUUUAGCUCAUGGGAUUCGAAGGAGAAGGGUGUCUCCUUGGCUAAGUCGGUGGAUCUUCACGGCGAGGCUUGUUGGAUUCCUGUUCCCGUGAUUUCGUUGUCUUCCUUGACCAUGGUAUCUGUUUAGAUCUGAUUGCGUUUUGAAGAC